AUGGCUAACAAAGCUUCCUCUUUCCUUGCACUUGUUCUCAUUGCGAAUGUAGUGCUUAGUACUACUUGCCAAGCACGCAACAGCAUUCCGAACAAGUCAAACACUGAUGACAAGAAAGAGCCUCAAUGGUUUUUCCAUUUUGAUGGGAUUCCAGGCUUCGGGCGAGGAGGGUUGCCACCUUUGUUUGGUUCUACACCUCAAAGUCCAUCCAAUGGCGGAGGAGGAGGAGAAGGAGCAGGAUCAGAAUCAGGACCAGGAUCAGCGCCGCCACUAGGUGGCGGUUAUGUUCCAGGUGGUGAUGACACCUUUGUACCAAAUCCUGGUAACGAGGUUCCAAUCGGUGGUGCUGUUCCAGUUCCAGUUGCAGUUCAUCCUUGA